AUGGUUUCAUUAAAUAAGAGAUGCACCUUCCAGGUUGGCCAAGAUCCCGCCAAUGAAAGAACCUUGACUUUAUCUUCAUCAUCCAACGAGGGCUACUUUGUAUCACUUAGACCAUUUAUUGCACCAAAAGACUCCGAAAAACAGUUCCCAUUCGAGUGGGCUUUCGCCGGAGGUCCCGCUAGUGCUAGAGUUGAGAAAAAGGAUGACAAAACAGACGUGGUCUAUUUUGAUUUCGAUUUUGAUACCAAUGUUCACUUAAACGCCGAGAACACGCACAGAGGUACUAUUACUACUUAUUGGAAGAAAUGGGAAAGUGGAUUAGUGGAAGAAAGAGGUCAAGUGUUCCCCUUCGGAACCGAAAAGGAGGGUGUGGACUUUUUCGAGCUUUGGCAGCCGGUGGACGUCGAUCAGGAUGCACUCACAAUCUUGAGUGAUAAAAGCCCAGAUCAGGACAUUGCUAGAUCCGUGGUUCUUACUGUUGAUAAUGCUGACUACAAAGGGUUAGUGGUUGCCGUGGGCAGAUGGGCGCAAGGUAUUCUCUUCAAGAAAAAUGAACACUCUAUAAAGGGUGUUAACUUCUUAAGAUCGGUUGAGCUCGCUAAUGGGCAGUGGGAAACACAGUUUGAAUACGGAACUGAUGCGGACAGAUUUCCACAAAAGUUUAUCGCUUCCAAAGGUUCGACGUUCUAUGCCAAAUCACUUUCAUGGGAAGUGAUUGAAUCCAACUUUCAAGAGUGA